UCUCUCUCCAUCUCUAUCUAUCAUUCUUAUUCUCUGUCAAAUUUCAAAUAGUAGAGUGAGAAGAGGUUGUUUUCAUCCUCGUACUAUCUCUGUCUAUCAUUCUUAUUCUCUGUCCCUCUCUAUACAUAUAUAUACUUCCUUCAUCAAUCUUGUCCACAACAAUGAGCUCCUUGACAGCAAAUGAUGAUUGUCUUGGAUGGGCGGCAAGAGAUGCAUCUGGAGUUUUAUCACCUUACAACUUCAGCCGCAGGGCUGUUGGGAGUGAUGAUGUUUCAAUAAAAAUUACGCACUGUGGAGUUUGUUAUGGUGAUGUAGUUUGGACUAGGAAUAAACAUGGGGAUUCAAUGUAUCCUGUAGUGCCUGGACAUGAAAUUGCAGGAAUUGUGAAAGAGGUUGGUUCUAAUGUUCAUCACUUCAAAGUUGGUGACCAUGUUGGAGUGGGAACCUAUGUCAACUCAUGCAGAGAUUGUGAGUAUUGUAAUGAAGGACUAGAAGUUCAUUGCGUAAAAGAAUUAGUUUACACCUUUAAUCGCGUGGAUGUGGAUGGUACUGUUACUAAAGGAGGAUAUUCCAGUUACAUUGUUGUCCAUGAAAGGUACUGCUUCAGGAUACCUGACAACUAUCCAUUGGCUUCAGCAGCUCCUUUGCUAUGUGCUGGAAUUACUGUAUAUGCUCCUAUGGUGCGCCACAAGAUGAACCAACCCGGUAAAUCUCUAGGAGUGAUUGGGCUUGGAGGUCUUGGUCACAUGGCAGUGAAGUUUGGGAAGGCUUUUGGGUUGAAUGUAACAAUUUUCAGCACUAGCUUAUCCAAGAAACAGGAAGCCCUGACCUUGCUUGGUGCAGACAGAUUUGUACUCUCGGCUGAUCAAGAGCAGAUAGAGGCCCUGGCUAAGUCAUUUGACUUCAUAAUUGAUACAGCAUCUGGUGUUCACUCACUUGAUCCAUACAUUUCGCUGUUGAAAACUGCUGGUGUUCUAGUCCUAGUAGGUUUCCCAAGUGAAGCCAAAUUCAGUCCUGCAAUCCUUAAUCUAGGUAUGAAAACCAUUUCUGGUAGUAUAGUAGGUGGUACGAAGGUGACCCAAGAAAUGAUAGACUUCUGUGCUGCUCACAAAAUUUACCCAAACAUAGAAGUAAUUCCAAUUCAGUAUGCAAAUGAAGCUCUUGAGAGGCUAAUAAAGAAAGAUGUGAAGUACAGGUUUGUGAUUGAUAUCGAGAACUCCCUAAAAUGAAACUGCUAGAGAAACAAGGAAUUCUUCUUCCCAAUAUGUAUGUUCAUAUGGAUCACAUAUUGAUACUCGUAAAGCGUACUGUGAUUGGCAAGUCUUCCUUGUUGGAUGGUGGGCAUUUACUUCCAUCAAAAAGCACCUGGUGUUGAUCUUCUACAUCCUGCAAGUGUCUAACUAGCCUGAAAUUACUGAAGGGUUGUUGAGUAGUGUUGUGACAGAUAGUUUAAUAAAAAUGAUGAGUAUAGAAUUUUAAAUUACAAUCCUUUCAUAUUUUUAUCCUGUAGUCAACCUUAGCCAUUAGUAUUUAAUUUACUUGAAUGAGGGAGCGGUAUGAGUUGUAUUAUUAUUUUUUUAAUUUCUUAAUGAAAUUCCCUUGCAUUAAGGUCCAUUUUCAUUUUGUGGAAUCAUGACUUUCAAAGAAUGAGAAGCUUUGGCUGAAAAGAUCACAGGUUGCUUCACAAUAACAGUAAAAAGCCUUUAAUAAAACAGGUGGUUACUUUCUAUGGUGAGAUCCGUGCAAUCAUGAUUAGCUCGAAUUACCUAAUUUUAGAAGAAGAAAAAAAGUAUUGAAUCUGUACAGACCAGUCAGCCAUGACCCAAGCUUCUAAAUUUGCAUACAGUUCAUACUCCAUGAUCGGAAAAAUUCAUGAGAAUUGAGAAAUUCUCCUACCCGCCAAAGAGCUAAGAAGUAAAAGCAUUGCCCUGCUCAUGGUUCUAACUGCUGGGCGAAACAUGUGACUUUCUGAUCUCGUCUCACCAUUUAUAUUUUAUAGAUCGGAAGGUUUACCUUACGUGACGGGUUCUGUGGCAAGGUUCUGUGGCAUCAUGCAAGGUUCACCUAGCCCUUUGUUUUACACUUUUACUGGAUGCCUAAAUUGGCUGCCAGAAAUCUCUCCCUCUCUCCUUUGAUGGGGUUAGAAGGUAUUCGCCUCUUGGUCCAGUGAUAGACAAAUAUUAUCAAUAUGUUUGAAUUUUCACUAAAUCAUUUGCAAUUUGUCUUACUUCAUAAGGAUAUGCUGUACUACUUGAAAUUGAAACAAAUCCUUGGCUUCAUAUCAAUAUUAAUAUACAAGAGAAAAUCUAUUUUCUUUAGUUUGGUAGAGCUGCUUAACUACUAUGAGAAAAUCCCUGGGCAUUUCUAAGUAAAAAGUCGUCUAAAAAUGCAUAAGCUACUUCUCAAAAUUGGCAAAAAGAUAAAAGCACCUUUGCUUAGCUGGGAAACUAUUAUUUACUUCAAAGUAAUUUAAUAUUUACAUCUUACAGAUGACAGGUGAAUGGCAUCCCACAAAAGAUAGUGGUUCACAAAUGCUGGGAGCUGAACAUUAAGUACAAAGACAAUCCAGUUAUCCACCUGCUGCUGUGUCAAAAUCUCUGCACAGAAGUUUGCUUCCUGAUAUACUUAUCAUACUUCGAAAGGCCAGGAUCUAUUAAGCAAGCUCCUGCAAUUGGACAAAGGCACAGGCAAUUAGUAGUCAAAUAAUGAAAGACUAGAAAGAAGUCCCCAUUAGGAUAUUCCUGUAGCUGUGUUCCCAUGGAAAGAGUAGGCGUUAGGCCAUAGCAGGCUGCCCAAAGUUUGGUUGCCAAGCUGGUGGCAUGUCCUUAGUUUCCUAACAUCAAGAUCAUCUUUUUCUUUUCACUUUCUCCCGAAGUUGUAAUUAACAGAGGAUUAAUUAAUUGUUUUUAC